CCUUAAAUAAAGCUGGUAGGUGCGAGACUGUACUGAAAGCGAGUUCAUGCUGACGCGGAGAGUGAAGUGUCGCAAUUCGCUCACCGGGUGUCGAACCCGAUCUCAACCAAAGCGGAACACGAGAUUGAGAACACGUCGAACUUUCACUCGCGGCGGCAAGACUGGGUCGCAAUAAAAAAAUAAAUUGGUUGUCUGUAAAGUCGGUUUACGGACGAUAGUUUAACGUGACGACGUCAUAACAAAACAUUGAUGAAAUGAUUGCAUACUUUUAUGAAUACAAUUGAAUCAUUUUUAUUUGAUUAUCACUAUUUUUUAUGGAUACAAAGAAGGAAUGAAAUUAAAUCUACAAUUUAAUUGAUAAAUUUACUUUUAUUUGCACUCAUUAAUUCAAAUAUGUUUAUUACUUUAACGAAGAGAUUAUUUUAACUAUAAUAUUUUUAUGUUUGCUUUUUAACUUCUUCCAAUCUGUGUUAUUGUGUUAAGGAUAGGACGAUGAUAGGAAAAGUAGGAAACGAGUGGGGGUGUUUCAAGUUUAAUGUGCCUCGAAAAAGUCAAAUCGAUGGUUGUUCCAAUCGAGUGGAAGACAGAUAGAUGCGGCGCAAGCGUACAAUGAGCAUAACGGGACAAAGCUUAACGGGACAAUUAGCGUAACGGGACAAUGAGUCAUCCUUUUUCGUGCGUGCAGCCGGCGUUCAUCGAUUUAUUAGACGUUGUCACGUCAAAAAACAAUUCUGUACUUUUUACAAAAGAUCCCAUUGGAAACCAGUUGUCAAGAAAUAUUUUGUAAUACUACAAAAAAAGAUGCUGAAACUUUGUACAACGCAUGACUAUGGUUAUUACUUUACAAACAUGAAAUACGUUUCCCGAGAUGAUUUCUUACGAAAAUAGGCGCAUAGAUUUAUACUUUAAUUCGCGGCUCAUUCAAGCAUAUACAUAAGUAGUAUGUAAUAGCCGGUCCUGCGCCAUGCUUCAGGCUGUGGAGCCUGUGGAGCCGACCAACAUCUUGGAUUGUGACGUCACGGCGGCCAUAUUGGAUGAGCGUAAUGGGACACAGCGUAACGGGACAAGUAGUACCGUGACUUUGACCUUGACCCCGGCGGACAUCUUGGAUCCGCCAUAUUUGUUCCGCCAUCUUGAAAUCGAACGCCCCACUCAUUAAGAUGAAAUUUUCGUCUGUCGCCAUAUUGAUUUUUUUCUGUUCUGCUGGAGGCCGCCAUCUUGGAUACCGUUGACUUUGUUUCUGCUGUUUGUUCCUAGAGAGCACCAGCGUCGCACUUGAUUUUUUUUUCUGUUCUACUGGAGGCCGCCAUCUUGGAUACUGUCGAGUAGGUUUCUGCUGUUUGUUCAUAGAGAGCGCCAGCUUCACUCUGUCUCAUCACAUAAGGACGAUGUUCCAUUACCUACCAUAGCUAUUAUGGUCCUUAUCGACAUAUUAAAUAUAAUUUUUUUAUGAAAAAUAUAUCGGAAGCGCUGUGAUUCGAACCAUCGCAGCUCUGAUCUCUUGGUUGGAAAACAUACGCCUUUAACCGCUCGGCCAUCGAGACAUUUACCAGACUGAAAAUUAAAUAAGGUAUAUAUAAAAAUAACAUGCAUAUUCGGACUUGUGAAUUUUUUUUUAAUUUGAAGUUCGAGACAGAACCACCAUCUUGUAUUAAGAUGUAACUGUUGCAAUUAUCGUUACGGCCGCCAUCUUGAAAAUCCGUAAUUUUAAUGCUACAGAUUCGAGGAAAAUUCCCAAAUUCAUCAAAAAAUUUACUUAUUAGAAAACUGAUUAAUUAAAUCGAUUCUCGUCCUUGGUUCGAAACCGGUAAGAGCAAAAAAAAAUAAAAAACUUCAGAUCCUUCCUCCAAGGAUACCGCAGGCAGACAGACUCCCCCCACCACCAAUAAAAAGUUAUAUAUCAUCAACUAGUAUGACGUCAUGUCCGCCAUCUUGUCUUCUUCCGCUGGAGACCACCACCUUGUGUAUCUGUAAGCACAAAUUUUCCAUGACUAUAUAUUGCUAAAGUUAAUAGCAUGAAUAGCAUGAAUGUCAUCACCAUAGUACAGAGAGGAAUGGACGAGGUAGGAAAUGGGAUUACAGGUCUUGGUAAUUGAGAUUGCCGAAGAGCAACUGUGGUUAUAGUGGAGACAGCCAAGUAAAAUCCCACAUACGUUAUCAAGAACAAAAUUUGGUGCUAUAUUUAAGCUCAUUUAAUUUAUUUACACUUUUUAUGAUUUUCCUGAUUUUUUUAUCUACCCAGGCGCUUAGGACAGCCGCUGGCCUAAAAGGAGUGUCGAAAAAGCUCUACACUUGGCAGGCUAACUCGAAUUACAACACGAAUACGAACAAAGACGAAUUUUUUCAGAUGCCAAUGAACCGUGCAUCCACACUCGGCCUGCAUGCGCGAUUCCCAAUGCCGAAGCGAACUAGAUGAAUCAGUCACAAACGAACUGAAAGUGUCUGCUAUAAAGAGUAUUGAUGUAGUUAUGGUACACUGCAGGCAGCUAUAGUUUACUCUGUUAUACUGUACUGCUUAAUUUCUUCGGUGUGUUCUUACUGCUGGCGCCAGUACCAUUAAUAGUACUCGUUGAUUUAUAAAUAGACCCUUUUGUUGUGUGUGUGUUGUCGGGGCGAUAUACACUGGCUGUCACUAUUUUUCAAAAAAAAUAUAUAUAGACAUAUAUAUAUAUAUAUGUGUCAAUGGUACUAUUAUGCUCUUGUACUGUGACCCUUAGAAGCAUGCAUAAAAAUGUUAUUAUCAUGAAACACACACUCUUGGACACAGGUAGCUAGGUAACAUAUAUCAAUACAUAGGGAUAGAAUCCAGAUUUUUAUUAAUAAUAAAAUUUGCUAUUCAUCAGGGACAACUAACAUAGGUGUAGAGAUAAAAAUCAACAUUAAUAUAAUUAGAUAAAAAUCACAGAAAAACAAUCCUAACGAUACUGAACAUGACUCGUGGAUAUGCGCUUAUGUAAAUUAAAACAUCAGGAAAAUACGUAGCACACAUGAAUCGUUCACAAAAGUUCGUUAGUGUAAGUUCAGAAAAUCAAUCAAAUGAUGUUUUUACGGACGCAUUCUUACAUAAAAGAAAAAUGUUUGAAAUCAUAGCACAAUUAAUUAGUAUGAUUACUAUUUAUGUUUAUAUUUGGGUUCGUAUUUGCCUUGGCUUAACUCAGUUUAUAUGGUAGAGACACGAAACUUGUACUCCCAUUUCACCUCUGGGUAUCACAAAAUAAAAUAAUAAUUUAAAUCUUGGAACUAACAAUUCAUGACGUAGUUCAGGAUAAUUGACACCUUUUACGUGAAAACUAAUCAGUUUGUAGUCAAAUCGGAGUUAUUUACGACGAAAUUACAUACAGCUGGGUAUGUCUAUGGGCGAUACAAAAUGCAAAAUCUUUACUUACAGAUUUUCACUCCUAAUAACAUAUCCGUCAGAAUAUGCCCUUAUAAUCUUACACAUUAUUUAUUUAUACGUCGUUUAAGCUCAUCCUGAGUGUCGGAUGGCAUAAUCUAGCUAGCUAUCUUUCAAAUUUAAAAUAGGCCUCGCGCCUUUGCGUCGGCAUCAGACGCCUUCAUACAACCAAAACUUCUUAUUAAUUAAGAUGUUCUAGACGCCUCACAUCUAAAACACGGCCUCUCAUUGGCCGAAACCAAAAUCGGUUAACGUAAUUUACAAUAUAAAUACCGUAAAUAACACUUAUUAAUACAAUUGAAAACACAGAAAUGCGGUAAAUUUAAAACGAAAAUUUCCAACAAUGAAAAUUUCUUUAAGUAAUACCCCGAAUAAAAUCAUCGUUUAUUCGUUAAGUUCAUUAGUCCUUAGAGGGGUAUACUCAAUUGACUGUCCAUAUAAGUCCAUUUCAGGUCAUAGAGCAUAGCUCUCGUAGAUAUACAUAAUUAAUAAAAAUAUAUUUAAAUAACUUUUGCGGGUGAACAAUAUACAAAUUAAAUAAUAAAAUUUCAUAAUAAUAACAACAAUCAAAAUAAUAAGUUUUAUAAAUAAUAAUAUCAUUAAAAUAAAUCAUUACUUUCUGUGCAUUCUGAAAAUAGUAACAGCACCGAAUGGCCGCCCUUGUCAAUCAUAUUGAACUGCAAUCGUUGACCUGUUCAAAACAGUAAAAUGUGAUUGGCAGUUUACCGUCUCUCUCGCACUAUGUACAACGAACAGCCUUGUCGUCUAGCGGCGCGCGCACCACACAUAAAAAAAAAAACUUGGAGCGACUGAGUUUCUCCUUCUCCUCUUUUUUUAUUUAUUUUUUCUAUCGUCCUUUCGACCGUUACACCAGACAAUUCGCGCAAUUUUAAUCACUUUGCAUCGGGUCGUCGCCGCUAGCAGACCUGCGCUGGAAUGGUCCACGGGUUUUCCCGCGCAAAAUCUUCUCCGCUGGACCUGCUACAGCUAGCUCUCCGACGGCGUCUACUCCCUUGAGCCGCUCCUGUUGAGAGGGGACGUGGGAGGACAUACUUACUGUAAGUAGCAAUCUCAUAUGGCUGUAACGGGUUUAUGUGCAUGUGAGUCAACAAUGUGACGUUCUCCAGGACGCGUCACGGCAGUGGAUCAACGUCCACCCGCGGUGCAAACGACAUCCACGGCGGCGGCUGAGGAGGCUGAGGCUAGACCUUACCUUUGAAUAUAUAUACUGUAUAGAAGUCGCCAGCCCAGGUUAACAUUUCUAAUACGGUUUUGAGGUAGUUGGUUAAUUCACCGCCGCAAUCGCCACCAUCUCUAGGGCAUCGACUUGUGGUGGUCCCUAGCGGACAAGUGUCGAACUCUUCAAACACCCCUUCCCCCUCCCGUUGAACGACGUUGAGCUGCAGUGAAUGAUGGAUGAGGGGUGCGGGGAAUGACAGCGGGCGACAGCGCUGCGCUCUAACGUGUAAAUAACAACUAAGACGAUACAGGGGCGUUACGGCAGCGCACUGCAGCGGUGAAGUUCCCAAGCUGCUCAUCAUACGCUUCUGAAAAACGUAGAGUAAAUCCUAUCCACUCGCGACUUCUAUACAGUAUAUAUAUUCAAAGGCUUUAUCAAGGCAAACACUAAAACAAUAGUGGACCCAGAUGCUUUUGGAGGGGCUUGAGCCCCUUAGCCCCCCUUCUGGAUCCGCUACUGCAGCCGUUGCGAACCGUAUUGUGUACAUUUUAACUAGCAAGUAUCCCGGUCAUUAAACAGUCUUAAAACUCUUCACUCAUGUGCGAAUCGUGCACUUGUGACGCACGAAUGUCGGCAGGCUAAGACAUCUUCUGUGCUAAACGUAGCCUGUCCACAAGCCAGUUCAGUAUAAACUAACUCUAUUAAAACAAAUAGUAAUUAAUGGGAUCAAAUAACAUCAGAUAUUAAAUAAUAAGAAUAGUAACUUAGGUUAACCAUUCAAUAACUUUCAAAGUGAAAUUGUUACAUCUUAACACUAGGUAUCAUUAGCUAGAUAACAUUCAAGCAUAACUUUAACUAAACUGAUUUUCAUGAUAAUGAAAGGGUUUGUUUACAUCAUUGUUAGGCAUCCUUAUGCCUUCAGGUUGUUCCUGUUUUCUAUGUACAAUUUCAUUAUGCAUCUCGUGCAUUUCCAUAAGCAUCAUCUCCCAAUCUUUCAUAACUUCAUAAUAUCAACAAUUGAUAACAUUAUAAUUCUCACUAACAUCUCAUAUCAUAUACAUAACAUCAUAUUUACAAUAUCACUUCAAGGAACAUUUCAUAUAUUACAUCAUUAAAAGCAUUUGUUUAUGUUAGCAAACAAAUCAACAAUAGUCUUGAUUUCGUUUAAGUACACACAUCAUGUGUAACUUGUGCUUGGAAAGGGAACGCACAGUGUUUCCUUCUCUUUUAUCUCUCUUUUAUCGCAGCUUAUCGCUCGGCGAAGGCGGUCUCUCUUUUAUUCCUUUUAUUUUACUGGAGUGUCCGGUGAACUUUUAUUCCUACCAUUUCUCGCGAGGUAGUAAUUUUUUUUUUUCUGUAAUCAGCUGGGUUCUCAGAUAACACAAAGAGCUGUUUGGAAAGUGCAUAGCAGUUUAUCUCUCAUCUCAACUAACCAUUAGUUUCGUUUUUCAGGCAUCCGAUGCGGGCUUCGUAGGAUCCUGACUGUGUAUUCAUAUCAUUCAGAAAUUCCUCUGGUAGGAAUUGUUUCUUGUUAAAAUCACUUGAGAUUCAUGAUCUCGAUGCAAAGGAUAAUUCUAUCCUGACAAAGCUAAGUGAAACAAAAAAAAAUGCUUUCAUGAUAGCUUGCAAAAAAAAAUUUUUUUUUCCUCUGACUGGCUCAAUUUUGCAGUAACUUGAUAAUUGUUUAUAAUAUAGCCUGCUGACAUUUACUGCAACCGUGUACUAAGUCCGCGACAUAGUUGUUAGACAUUGAGUUUUUCAGGUCUUCGUUUGACAUCAUAUUCGCUUACUCGACGAUUACAAACAUAAACAAACAAAAUCUCAAGUGCCACGUUGAAUGAAAUUAAAGUCUUUUGUAUAGUUUUUUUUUUUUUCACAAUAAGUAACACAGUCGUUCGUAUAUAUCUUGUUAUCAUUUCAUAAAUAUCAUUAUUUAAAAUAACCAAAUCAAGUUAAUUUAAAGAAAUAGCUUUCUAAUACUGAGUGGAUUUGUAUGCGAAAGGAAAGCAUACUUUUCUACUCUGCAUUCAGGGCAGAAUGCAACCCUAUGAGAUCGUUUGCAAAGCCCUACUUCAGUCAUAGAAUUCGUGUAAAACAAAAGUAGUAAAUUUGCAAAAAAAAAAAAAAAUUAUCUUCUUCUCCAGCAGUGUUUAAUCAAAAAAAAAAAAGAUAAAUCUCGGCGAUUAUUCGUAACUUCAGUGAAGUGUUGUGCUUCGGAAAAUUGGAUUACCACAUCACUAAUUCAAGGUAACAUUAUUAUUAUUAUUAUUAUGCUAGUAGUUGCAAAGUGUUCAUGUGCUUCUUAGAUGCUUUGUAGAACAGUGCUCACCCAUGUUAACACAGCUAGGCCAUACUUCUCUCACACAAGUUAGUCGACAACACACAAGCUUGACAUUUCUUUUUGCUAGUUAGUAUGAUUAUCUACAGAUAGGCGCAUCUCAUUACAUGGAUUCAGGUAUUACUGUUAGUGAACUUAUACUCAGACGAAGAAUAACGCAGACCAACUGACAAACAAUAUUAUACACAUAAUACACUAUUAAAUUCGAAGAUUCAUUACAUCUGUGUUGGUGGCAUUUCACUUCACCUCACUACAGGCAAUAAUAAGCGGGAAUUGCAAUUGCACUUCCGCAUCUACGCGACGAUAAUGUACCAAGCGGGUAUCACACUUCCGCUACACAUUAGGUACCUGUAAGUGGUUGCAAUACGCCUCACAUGGCAUAUCAAAUUACACAGUAACCAUUUAAUACCUUUCACAUUCAUACUGGUCAGGUCCUGGCUCUGACUUAGACAUUCCGAUUGCGCUCAGCUGUUAUAGUACCUAUACUCGUACUAUACAGGUGUCUCACUAGCUUGUAUCGAACUUGUUCACUGGGACACAGGUUUCUUGUAGGCUCUCAACUGCGAAAUAUUAUACCGGCCUACUGGUAGGCCUGUAGAUGGGUCUUCCAGAGCAUAACAAUUCUCUUGAACUAUGUCAGUUAUGACAUAUGGUCCGUCGAAAAGCAAAAGUAAUUUCCUGGUGACAUUCUCCCAUGCCUUGCUGACAGGAGAUGUUUUCUUGAGCACAAGGUCGCCGAUGGUAAAUUUAGACAAUUUGGAUGCUGGUUUCCUUCUUCUUCGUACAUCAGCUUCUGCUGUGAGCUUCAUUCUUACGAAUGCUUGCACUUCUUCUCCUGUGGGUAGUCCUGUCCUUUCGGGCUCCUUGUCACAAUGGGGUAUAAAUUCAGGGUUGAUCGCCGCCGAUCUAUCCAGGCUCAAAACUUCGCCAGGGGUGAUUCCGAUUGAGCUAUGCACAGUAUGAUUAAUAAUGCACUCUACAUAAGGCAAUUUAUCUCGCCAUGACUGUUGCGAGUGGUGACACAAUGUUCGUAGCAAUCCUCCUAUAGACUUCAUGAGUCUUUCCACCGGAUUACUAUGUGGAUGUCUCACGCUUAUGGUAGUCGGUGUUAUACCUAGUUUUCGUACACCUUUCUGCCACAGGUCGCUAGUGAACUGCGUACCUCGGUCAGACAACACAACUUUCGGCGUACCGAUUUUGUCCACAAAUGAUUUCAAUUUAUUUAACACUGCUUUUGCAGUUGGGUUGACAAUAGCAUACAAUUUGGAGAAUUUAGUAAAUACAUCCUGCAUUACAAAUACAUGUCUGACUCCUACCUUCGAAAAAAAAAAUUCAAAAAUUUAUAAUAAAAUAAAACCUGGACGAGGGCAUCUCUCUGCUCGAACAAUAAUAGAAUAGGACGACCUUCAUUUAUUAAAUUCACUUUCUAUUUUUCAGGUGUAGAAGACAACAGCCUGGGGGCUAGCUACAGCAAUACUGGCUCAGCCUAACUUUGACCGGACUAUAUUGGAACGCAAUAGUUCGGUCCCUAAGGCGGCCAGUAGAGUACUAACCUAUGUAUUUUUUUUUUCGUUCACCAACACGACCACACGAUGAUAUGCCUGCGCGAGUGUCGGCCAGGACUACCUAUUACAUGCACAUAUGGGCUAACUACCCAUGCAUGUUCUGUGUUCCCAGGGGUUCGGAGGAGCGGCUCGCACAGCUUUACAGUACACGCCACACCCGAGUUUAAUUAGUUCACUUGCAAUUACAGCACACCAUCAAGCCUCUAAUGCACACCAAACAUGACACUACAUCACGCCAGUUAGCCGAUUCAGCUGGUGGGGAGCUUCUCUCCCCCGCCGAAUUAGGUACACGUAAUUUAUAUAGCAUUUCACAACCUACCAGCGCACACACAGGCCCGUGUGCCAGACCUAUCCAACAAGACACGCGCCCCGCCCGUUGAUCCAGCUGAUUUUACAAAAGUGUGGGGUGCACCUGAUUUACAAUGCACUAAGCGAGUUAUAGAAACUUCGGUUUCUGGUCUCGCACACACUAACUGCCCCGGAUGGCAAUAUGAUGGAUCGGCGAAGAACCUCAGUAUGUAGCUGCUCCCUGAUGAUGGCGACUGCAAUUUCGACAUAAAAAAAAAGAUCCAGCAUAAGUGCUCCUAAAAACAAUCAAUAUGAUAAGGUUUUUUUUUAUUUUUUAGAUUUUCCUUUUGAUCAACAAUUUCUUCUGUUUACUAGUACUUUAAUUAACAUUAUCAACAGUUUAAAUAUGAGCAAAAGAGCACAGAGUGCUGGAGUGUUUAAUUGUAGUGUAAAACUGUGUAAAGUGUAAAGACGGUGUAAAUAAAAACAUUUGAAUUUGAUUUAAUUGAAUACGUCGGUGGAAUCAUUCGCCGAGGACGCGGCUACGACCCAGAAGCCACAAGAUACUUCGGACUAGGGACUGGAAAAAUUCGCGGUUUCAAUGACCACUAGGAUAGACUCCACGAUUCUCUACGUACUCGGGCAACUAUCACCUGGUCAUUGGCUACCGACUCGGGACACCUGUUUACUUUGCGAUUCUUAUGAUUCGAUACUUCUUUGGUUGAGUGUUUGCCAUUGGCUCAGAGUCCUUCAGGUGAAUUGCGGUCCAAUCACUGACGCAGCAUUAAGGGUCCCGCCCAGUCAGGGGUGUAUGUGUGUCGGCGAGGCGGGAUGAUAAGCGCGACGCUCUACUGGUUGCUUCUAGCGCGGUGUCUCCUCUGGACUGGCGCGCAGUCUUCUCGUCGUGCAUAUGAGCGGUGACCGUAACAUUAUAUGGCGGAGAAAUGAAGAUAAAGGUGUAAUGCAAGUCCCUUGAUUGGUUUCAAGAAUCUGUACCGGUUGUUUAAAGCCUAAAAAUUUCUCUGAAAACAUGGGUUUAAGCCGUUUUAACUCUUCUAAAAAUACAGUUUAAAAACUUAAUCCUCGAUCAAAAGUACUUUUCGGCCCUCAAGGAACUCUUAAAUGCUUUUCGUAAGCAGACCCUACUCUGAUAAUUUGAGAAGUUUUGAAAUCGCGUUGUUUUUCCUGAAGCUCUGCGCACCGUAUGUGUGCCCGGGUAGGCGGAGCCCUUAAGCUAAACAAGUUUGGAUUCUAGCCUGUCUCGAAAGGAAUCCGCGAAUGUUUUCCGGUCUCUACUUCGGACUAUGGCCGUGUGAAAGAAGCCUGCGAACAUCAUUCACGUUCCUGCCUGUUGGUCACAGGCAGGGCCGGAUUUAGGGGAGGGCAAUCGGGGCGAAAGCCCCGGGGCCUCCACAAACGGAGGGCCCCCACAAAUACUUUGAUAUUCUUUUUUCGCUGUAUUACCUUUACCUACAAUACUAUGUACAUACAUGAUUUUAUUAUUGUUAAAUAUUAACAGAAAUAUUCAUUAACACUAAAAUUUAAUUUCAUAUAAUUCUUGUCUCCGAUUAUAUUUAUGUAUGUUUUUUUUAAUACUAAGAGAAUCUACUUGAUUUCACAAUAAAUUAUUUAUUGGAAAACUCGACUGAAAAAAAAUUGUUCAUUUUAUUUGGAAAAUAAUUAAUGGGGCCAGGAGGCCUCCGCUCCUCUGUAGCCCCGAGGCCUGCAGACCUCUAAACCCGGCCCUGGUCGCAGGUUGUUCGCCGGACAGGCGGACGGCCCCCGCAGAUGCGACGGCGGGGAGAUGGGCGCCCCUCCGCGCGGCUGCUGGCGCUCCUGGCGGUGGCCGUCUCUACGCUGGUCGUGCUCUAUGGCCUGCUGCCGGCGCCGCGGUGCUGCGGCGACACGCGCGCCGACCGCUGGCCCCCUAGCCGCGCGGUGCCCUUCUUCCAGGCCUCAGACCCGGCAAAGAAGCCGUUCCUCGUCUGGAGCGCCGGCUGCAAGAUCCCGAAUGUGGACCCCUUCCACGAGUCCUUGCGGCCUCUGAUGGCUCCACCCAGGGUCGCCAACUGCUCGGAGUGGACGCAGCUCACCGCCGUCUCACCCGCCCCCGGACCCGCCGGCCGGUUCCAGCUGCGCGUCGACCAGGGGGCGGCGGCGCUGUACUCCACCCCCGGGGGGCAGUUGAGCUGCUGCUACUCCACAGCCUCCCGCCCCGCCCCCGUGCAACCCCCCGCCUCCACCAGGGGCAAAAAGCACGACGGCGGAGCGGACGCGCGCUACGAGUUGACUAACUGCACGUAUUUCGAAGAAGAAACCCUCCUGCCGCCGGGAACAGAGUUCAUUCUGGUUCGCUGCUUCACGCGAGUGCUGUCCGUGUUCUCCAAGGAAGUUUACUCCAACAUGCACGCCAUGGUGCCCAUCAAGGCAAGCGUUCUGCGCAAGAUGAAAACGAAGAAGAGGACGAAGGCUCUUCAAGACACCAGUUCCGACUCCUUAAGUGUCCUGUUGCUGGGGAUCGACGCUACCUCGCGACUCAACCUGAUCCGCAAGCUACCGUCGACAUUCACCUACCUAAAGAGGAACAGCUGGUUCGAGAUGGCCGGCUACAACAAGGUUGGGCUCAACACCUUCCCCAACAUCUUCCCUCUGCUCACGGGACUCCGCAUCCACUACCCGAAGAACGGAACCUGCUUCCCAUCGCAAGACAGAUUCCUGGACGGGUGCCCGUUCCUCUGGAGGAACUACUCGGAGCGAGGGUUCGUCACGGCGUACGGCGAGGACGCCCCCGACAUCAGCACGUUCAACUUCCACAAAGUGGGGUUCUCGGAGCAGCCGACGGACUACUACCUCCGCGCCUACAUGCUGGUCCUCUACAGGAAGAUCAUCUCCAGGUUCAGCAACUCGUGGACCUCGUGCUUCGACAUGAUGGAGAUCACGGACCACGUGCUGAGGUACGCGGGGGACUUCGCAGCCACGUUCAGGAAGCGCCCGUUCUUCGGGAUGUUCUGGCUGAACAACUUCAGCCACGACGACCACAACAACAUAGCGGCAUUCGACGCGAAGUUCCUGGAUUUCUUCUCACGUCUCCAAGACGUCGGGGUCAUGAACAAGACCAUGGUCGUGUUCUUCAGCGAUCACGGGAUGCGGUUCGGCAAGAUUGCCGAGCACCCCCUCGGGCGGUUGGAAGACAAGCUCCCUUUCCUGUACAUCUGGCUCCCGGAAUGGUUUCGGGACCAGAACGAGCUGGCGGCAAGGAACCUGAGGAUAAACGGCGGCCGGCUGACAUCGCCCUUCGACGUGUACAGGACACUGAAGUACAACCUGGUGCGGUCUGAAAGCACCGACGAAGGGGAUGAGUCUUGGAACAAGCAUUACUGCAAGACCAGCAUAAACCUGUUCAAAGAAGUGCCUGUUGGUAGGAGUUGUGAAGAUGCUUGCAUACCUCCCGAAUGGUGUUCCUGUGCGUGGUAUCAUGACAUUCCAAAUAACGAUUUAAUUGGCGUGGCGGCUUUGAAAUAUGUGGUAAGCAGGCUUAAAAAUAUAGUAAGCCAUACUCACAAACUAACAAAUCAUACUGCAGCAGUGUGCGCCCAACUUUCGUUGGAAAAAGUGGUUAAAAUAAGCAAGAAGACAGAUGAGAAUAGCGCUGAAGUGGGCGAGUAUUUACUGCAGUUCGAGACAUCUCCCGGGAACGGUGUGUUCGAGGCUAUGGUUAGGCACUAUCCCGAGGAGUCAAAUUUUCAACUGGUAGGGGACAUCAACAGGUUAAGCAGGUACGGUAAUCAGAGUUGGUGCGUCGAUGACUCUGUUCUUAAAAACUACUGUUUUUGUGAGAUGACCUAACGUCGAAGGGCGGACGAUCGAUGUGUGAUUGGAUAUUAGUUGUGAACACAUCGGUGCUUUCAGCGCUUUAUCGUGCCUACACUCUAAUGGUCUCAGAAAGUCUAUUUCGUUUUAUGGUCAUCAAAACCAAAUUUCGGAUCUCUGGUAAUAUGUAGCUGUUCCUUCAGCUCCGGAAAAUAGACUCCUGUUUUUGUUUUUCUUCUUUCUUUUUAGUGAAAUAUGACAUGCAUUCCUUUAGUUUGCUGGAAACGGCACAACUUUGAGCAUUUUUAAUAAAUAUUCUAUCGUUAUAUUGGUCGUUGAAAAAAAGAUUAGAGAGAGAGGGUGCCAUAACAUUUUAGAAUAGGUUUUUGAGUGAUCAGUUACCAGACCUUGGUCCAACAACCGGAUUAGCUGUAGGCCUACAUGGGACAUUCUAAACCAUUGCUUGUAUGUAGUAGUUCGAGUGAUGUAGGAUAGUGUGGAUAGAGUCAUGUUUAUUUCGCU